AUGUCGUCGACCGUCAUCAGCAUCCCUGUCUAUAUUCCUAUGGUGGAUGAUUGGGACGCUGACUGGUUUAUCCCUUGGGUCGUGGCGACAGGUCGCAACGCAGUGUCGAUAACGGUAACGACAUACGGUAUACCUUGCGACCUCGUGUGCACGGGAGGUACCUAUCCACUGCCGCCUGAUGGCCUCUGUCGUGUCGACAGCGUGACGCUUGCAAGCCCUGCUUUUACCAUGGUUUUCAACAUGCGUGUCAUUGGCCCUAUGGGCUUUCCGGCCAGCGUUCUUCGCUUGCUCGGCGAUCCGUCCGUAGUCAAGGUCACCAAUGACUAUGAAUGUAAGUCUCUAAUCCUCAACCUUGCAUUCACUUACAAGGUUGAGCAGCUCUUCUGA